CUCAGUAUUUUUUGGUUGUCCAUGUGCGUGCAUUCGCUUCCUCGAACGAAACCCUUGUUUUCUGACCUGCUUCUUCUCAUUAUUAUUCUUCUUCUUCCUGUAGCCAAAACGACGCCGUCCCGCUUGGUUCUGCAGACAAACCCUAAAGAUUUGAAAACCAGAGAGAGAGAGAGAGAGAAAUUGGCAUUUGGCAUUGAUGGAUUGGUGAGUUGAAUCGAACAAGAAGAUCUAAGUGAGAGUGAUCGGUUUGACGCGGUGAUGGGUGCUGCGGGUUCCAAGCUCGAGAAGGCUCUCGGUGACCAAUUCCCUGAAGGUGAACGUUACUUCGGCCUCGAGAAUUUCGGCAACACUUGUUACUGCAACAGCGUUUUGCAGGCACUGUACUUCUGUGUCCCAUUUCGUGAACAAUUGUUAGAUUAUUAUGCAAAUAACAAAAGCAUGGCAGAUGCAGAGGAAAAUCUUUUAACUUGCCUAGCUGACUUAUUUUCACAGAUAAGUUCCCAAAAGAAGAAAACUGGUGUGAUUGCUCCCAAAAGAUUUGUACAGAGGUUGAAAAAACAAAAUGAACUCUUCCGCAGCUAUAUGCACCAGGAUGCCCAUGAAUUCUUGAACUUUUUGUUGAAUGAACUUGUCGACAUUUUGGAGAAAGAGGCCCAGUCUGCAAAAGAUGAUCAAGAUCCAUUACCGCCUUCUGAAAAGGUUGCAAAUGGGCCUAUAGCUGGUCCAGUUAAUGGCGCCAAGAAAGAGCCUUUAGUUACUUGGGUUCAUAAAAACUUUCAGGGAAUACUCACCAAUGAGACAAGGUGCCUACAAUGCGAAACAGUGACUGCUAGGGAUGAAACCUUUUUUGACUUGAGCCUCGACAUUGAACAGAACAGUUCAAUUACAAGCUGUUUGAAAAACUUCAGUUCAACAGAGACAUUAAAUGCCGAAGAUAAAUUUUUUUGUGACAAAUGCUGCAGUUUGCAAGAAGCUCAGAAGAGGAUGAAGAUAAAGAAACCACCUCAAAUCUUGGUCAUCCAUCUAAAACGGUUUAAGUAUAUUGAACAGCUUGGCCGCUACAAGAAGUUAUCUUACCGGGUUGUCUUCCCCCUUGAGCUGAAGCUGAGUGAUACCGUUGAAGAUGCAGACAUUGAGUAUUCUCUGUUUGCAGUAGUUGUCCAUGUUGGUAGUGGCCCUAACCAUGGCCAUUAUGUUAGCCUUGUGAAAAGCCAUAACCACUGGUUAUUUUUUGACGACGAAAAUGUUGAGAUGAUAGAUGAGUCAGCCGUUCAGACAUUCUUUGGGUCAUCACAGGAAUAUUCCAGUAAUACAGACCAUGGUUACAUUUUGUUCUACGAGAGCAUAGCCUCUGGUCACAAGAGUUAGAUGGAGGAGUUUUUUUAGAUACCUGAAUCAUUUGAACUUGUCUCUUUUUCCUCUGUCUUCUGUUUAUUGUUAAUUAAUUUUCUUUUUUCUUUUUUCUUUUUUUUUUAAACCAUUUUCCCAUUCAACCUGUUUGAGGAGUUGUUAUUCAUCCUCGAUAGGAUAAGGGUUGUGAAAAUGUAUACUUAAAUUGAUGGAAUGUACAGUGGAUAGUGGAAGCAUGGUUUUUUUUCCCCUUCCCACAAUAAGAGCAGAUAGAGCAGUAUAUAUAUGGCAAGAGAGUAUUUCACGGACCAUGUAUUCAUGGUAUCAAAUGUUUAAUCGAACAUUAGAUACACAAUUCACAAAUCAAUGGCAAUUUCAACUCAUGGUAAUUUUUCUGUAUUACAAUAGUUUGCUAGGGUUUUGUCUCAUCAAUAAAAUCUAUCUACCCGGUAAUCGCUAUCUAGUG